UUUUUUACCUGCUGAACUGGCAUCGCUAGUGGUGGAAGUCUUUGUAGCCAAUAUGUGUUGUGGUAAAUAGUUGGUAGGUGUUCAUUUCUGGUUUACAGGUUUAAAACAAAGGAAAAGUAGCUCCAGUAAUGUUUUUCUUUGAGGAAGUGUUUGUUAGAAAUAUGUGUGAACAGGACCAACCUAAAUCGCGUUUUGUGGUCAAAACCACUUUGCUUAUCUGUAAAACUUCACCUGGUGGCUGGAGGAGGCUUGAGUAUGAAUAGGUUUUCUAUUUAUAACCAGAACAUUGAAAAGGUCAUCCUAUUUGGCGUAGUUAAUAGGGCAAGUUAAUAGGUAUGUUUACUAGAAUGAAGCGUGGGCAGUCCUUUGUUUAUAUGAUUGACUCUAAAAUCCAUAUUGAUAGGCUGCUGUUGCAAAGCAUACGUCGUAUUUUCCAGCAUGCACAAAAACAGACGGGGUUAGGUCUAGCAAUAUGCACAAAAAAGAUGAGUGAUGGAAAGGUGUUAUGAAUCAACAGCACACAUGCCUGUCUGUGAUGUAGGGCCUAAGUAAAUAAUUGACAUUUAUUGGGAUACCGCAACCAUAGGUUGUCCUAUAGGUUAUAGACUGUUCAAGUCCGUCGCAGCUUGCACUUGUAACUGUUGCCACAGCAACCACUGAGGAGAAAUCUGUGCCGGUCCUGAUGCUACCGCGCGCUACCGCAUUGAGGGGGAUGUAGCAGUCAGACUCGGACAGAUGGGACCUCGAGAUCGACAGUGACUCACCGACAGUGCCACAGGGAGGAGAGAGCGUGGCGGCGACAAGACUCAUUUAUCUUAGACCUUGACGGAAGACACGAUUACACGUUUAUCAGGUUGCUUACGGAUCAUAGCUCAUCGCUCAUCUCACACACCAUGCACAGGAGUUGUCACAGUAGAGGGAGAUGGCGAGGGUACCUUCUCAGCACGGGCUUUCAUCAACCCAUAGGAUUACUGACCAGCAACCUGUGAGAACACAAUGCUGGAUCUACUCCCCCGAUAAGACCACCUCUACACUCUUGUAGCGCCCGAACCAAACUCCAACUUCUCCUCAACACCCAUGGAUAUACAAAGGAUGCAACAUCUUUGUCCUUUGAUACUGUGAGAAAGAGUUACAAAGUCUAACAUGAAAAUGUUUUUAUCUCCUUACACUGUUAAUUUAUUUUCGUUGGACUUUGCCUUUAAUGAGGACUUUGAAAAAAGGGUUGUUGUCUCCAUGAAGGGUUGAAAUGCAUGCUGUAACAAAGAUAGCGCCAGAUCUGCAGCUGUUAGGUUUGCAGAGAAACAAUGAGACCAGUCAGUUUUAGGUUGCUUGGCAGAGGUUGGCAUAAGUUUGGGGCCAGUGUAACCUGUUAAAUUACAAACUUUGUCUUCCCAUUCCUCUGCUGUCAAAAGAUAAGCUUGCGCUAUUGAUAUAUUCUGCAACAAAAAAAACUUUUUACAUGAAUGCAUGAACUGUGAACAUAGUGAAUUCAGGGUAUUCAGGAUUUUCCAGGGCUUGCCAAAAAGAAAUCAGGUAAUUUCAUUCAAUGUUUUGUUGAUAAAAUAUAUUUGUAAUUUAAUGUGAAUGUAUCUAUCAAAUAUUUCUGUGAAAAGCUGUAAACUACAUUAUUAUCUGUGACUUGAAUUAAGCCUACCCCAAAUCUUGCAACUUUCCAAGUGGAAUAACACUCUCUAAAAGUAUGCUACAUAUCUUCACUCUUGAAAGAAUCUUGAAUCAGGGACAAAACCCAGAGAGACCAUAAACCGCUGUUGAAACUGCUCUAAGAUCACUUUGGAACAUUAACAGCCACAUUCCCCAGCUGCCCAAUAACUCCCAUCCUCACCUACAUUCCUUCCUGGCUCGCUGCUGUGCAUCACUUCCUCUCUCAGGAUGAGCCAGAAGCUGGAGGUGGAGACAGGGGAGGGCUGCCAAUCUCUGGUCUACACUGUGGAGGAACUUGAGUGUAAGAUCUGCUACAACCGCUACGACACACGCACGCGCAAGCCCAAGGUGCUGGGCUGCCUGCACCGCGUCUGUGCCAAAUGUCUGAAGAAGAUAGUGGAGAUGGGCGACUCCUCCCCCAGCCUCAUCAGCUGCCCCUUCUGCCGCCAUGAGACCCACGUCCCGGACGAGGAGAUCUGGCUGAUGCAGGACGACAGCAACAUCCUGGCCAUCCUGACCUACCAGGACCGAGCCAGGAAGGGUGGCUCCGCCCCGGCCGGGGAGGUGCUCCUGACCCCCAACAGCCUGGGUGGCGAGGUGGGCGGAGGUGGAGGAGGGGGUGGCUGUGUGACUGGCAGCAGAGACCAAUCGCACAGCUCCUCAGACUGUCUGGUCAUCACCAUCAUGGAGGUCCCGGGGGAAUCCCAGUCGUCCGACUCCAUGAGCAUGCUCAACAUGGUCCGGCUGUAUCGGCCGCCCAGCCUGGACUCACUGCCCUGCCACCUGCCGGUGCAGAAGUGUCGCGCCUGGACCUCGCGGAGCUUCCCCCGCUUCCUGCUGGGUGUGCUGUGUCUCGUCUACUUCAGCUCCCUGCCGCUGGGCAUCUACCUGCUGAUGAUCCAGCAGCUGACCCUGGGCGUGAUCCUGGUCAGCCUGGUGCCCACCACCCUGGUCCUCUGUGUCUUCUAUGGCUUCUGCCAAUGCCUGUGCCAUGAGAUCAUGGAGUCCAUAGCCACAUAGCACCAUUUCUUACAGUAAGGGUUGGGGUCAAUUCUAAUUUAAAUCAAAUUUAGCUGAUGAGAGGAACUGAAAACAACUUCUUUUAAUUGGAGGGAUGAAAAACCUAAUUUAAAAGCAGACUUUAAAAACAAAUUAUAAACUGAAUUCUGAAUGUAUUAGGAUUUAAUAGUAAUUAGUGUUGACCCCAACCCUGGCUCAUAAGGACUCCUUAAUCCCGCAACCAUAGACCUGGAUAGAAAUAGUAUAUGUUUUCACAUGCAUGAAAAAGAUAAUGUGCUGCUGAUUUAGUUUGCCCAGAACAAAAACAUCCCCAAAUGCAGACCUUGCACUCAGAUCCAUCUGGGAAAACAAAAUCUGGCACAUCCAUCUAAAAGAACACAUAUCCUAUUGAUACCCUGGUUUUUCCAAGUACUUACAAAUCUCUGGACUUAGCGAGCCCUGUAAAACACCAAGCCAAAUCAAUCACCGCUACCCUUUCCUUUGUAAGAUACCUCCCUAUCCACCCCAAUUUUCCACCUCUGAAAAUACCAGCACUUAACUGAUAUGACUGCUCAUGGAUCUGUCUGUCGGGCUUUUCUUUUGAGGCAGGGAAGUGGAGAGGCAAGCCUGUGUACGAGAAGGCCCAGCCAUCCUAAACAUUUUUCUACAACACAGCUCAACCUGCAUCAGACUGCUGUUCGAUGUUUGUGUUAAUUCUAGUACCCGAAUGGGCCUGACUUCUUAUUAAGCUGUUAAGAUCACUGUCACUAUAUUGGAGAAUACGUUCCUCUAUCUUGUACUAUAAUGGUCCCUUACUGCAGAGAGUGUUUAAUCUACUGUAAUGGAACCCCCAUCUGCUACUCUUGGGUACAUUAUUUUGAUACUCCAUAGGUAAAGGAUGUAUUCAGUCAUACAGCAUAGUUUCCAUGUAUACUGUUAAAGUUCCUAGUUGCCUUCGUAAGGCAUGUCUGUCCUGCAGUAACUAAACGUUGUAUAAUGAAUUUGUCUGUGGCAAUGCAAUGGGAAUGGACAAACCGCCUAAACUGUUACUAGAUAUUUAAAAUAAAGAUUCAAAACAA